GGGGCGCGGCGGCGCGGCGCGGGGCGGCGGCGGCGGGGCCAUGGCGUGGUCUCGGUACCAGCUGGGCCUGGCCGCCCUCAUGCUGGUCACCGGCUCCAUCAACACCUUGGCGGCCAAGUGGGCUGAUAACUUCAGUGCUGCUGGCUGUGGUGGGACAGAGGAGCACGGCUUCCAGCACCCCUUCCUGCAGGCCGUGGGCAUGUUUCUGGGUGAAUUUUCCUGCCUGGGGGUGUUUUACCUGUUAGUGUGGAGGGAUGGGCGGAGGCCGGAGCCCAGCAUGGCCCCAUCACAGCCCUUCAACCCACUGCUCUUCCUGCCCCCUGCCCUCUGUGACAUGACGGGAACCAGCAUCAUGUAUGUGGCCUUGAACAUGACAAGUGCCUCCAGCUUCCAGAUGCUGCGAGGAUCUGUCAUCAUCUUCACUGGGCUCCUCUCUGUGGCCUUCCUGGGCCGCAAACUAGAGCUGAGCCAGUGGCUGGGCAUCCUGGUCACCAUUGUGGGGUUGGUGGUGGUGGGGCUGGCUGAUCUGCACAGCAUCCAUGAUCAGAAACACAAGCUCAGCGAGGUGAUAACUGGUGAUCUCCUCAUCGUCAUGGCACAGGUGGUUGUCGCCAUCCAGAUGGUGCUGGAGGAGAAGUUUGUCUACAAGCAUGAUGUGCACCCGCUGCAGGCUGUCGGCACUGAAGGUUUCUUCGGUUUCAUCAUCCUCGCCGUGCUGCUGGUGCCCAUGUACUACAUCCCAGCAGGAAGCUUCAGCGGGAAUCCUCGCCAGACGUUGGAAGACGCGUUGGAUGCCUUCUGCCAGAUCGGCCACCGUCCCCUUAUUGCCCUGGCCCUGCUGGGGAACAUCAGCAGCAUUGCUUUCUUCAACUUCGCUGGCAUCAGUGUCACCAAGGAGAUCAGUGCCACCACUCGCAUGGUCUUGGACAGCCUCCGGACGCUUGUCAUCUGGGCUGUCAGCUUGGCCUUAGGCUGGGAGACCUUCCAUGGCCUGGAGAUCUUGGGUUUCGGGGUGCUGCUGGUGGGUGCUGCUCUUUACAAUGGCCUGCACCGACCUCUGCUCACCCGCCUGCCCUGGGGGCACCUGGAGGAGACCAGUGCGGGGGCUGAAGGGGAGGGGUUGCUGCGUGGGGAGAGCACGGCCAUCAACAGCGAGGGCUGAGCCCCAAUAUUAAAUCCCUGGAUGAUCCUUCCUGCCCUCCUCGGGAGGGGAUCAGGGUGCUGGGAGUGACACUGGCCACCAAACUGCUGCGGUUUGCGGGAGAAACUCCCUCCUCCACCCACCCUCCCCUUCACUGUGGGGACUGCGGGAGGGGAGGGCAAGGCUGUGCCUGCCCUUCUGGGGAUUAUUUCCCCAGAUGAUCUCUUCUCCCCUCCUUCCUGACGGGAAGCAGGGAGGCAGCCCACCAGGCAGCUGCUGGGGGGAGGAUUGGAGCCUCUGCCCCUGUCCCCAAGGGGCUUGGUGGGUGUUAUGGGGCUGGCCCCCCUGCUCCCUGACCUGCAUCUCCCCCCAAUAAAGCACAUUUGUUCUCAA